UAUAAGUGAAAAGUGUCCUUCAGGCGUUUCCAGCGGACAUAAUAACAAGGAUUGUUGUUGUUUAGUUAAAGCAGUACCCGUAAAAAGUAGUACUAUUACAAGCCCCGCAAAGACAACAGCCCCAACAUUAACUGAUGAAGAGAAGUCAGGAAGCAGCUGUAACUGUGAAUUCUUUGUAAACAAACAGAAUAAUUUAAACCAUAGCACGCCAUCCAAAGCUCAAACAUUAAACAAAAAGUGUACAAAAAAUGAUGUGGUGAAUUGUAAAGCCUACUCCUCGAUCUUACAAGGUGUUAAAAACAUAGUUGAGGAAACAGAAGGGUUUGAUGGGACGAAAAAGGAGAUUAUUUCUGAAGGCAUGAAGGGACUUGUGAUAAAAUACAACAAACAUAACUUUACAGACAUCCACCUUGCAUUACCAUCAUUAGGAGCCACAAAGAAAGAUACAGAUACUAUAAUGGUCAAAAUUUCCAACGAAGCUUUACAGAAGGCUAUUGGAAGAAAUGGAUCCGUGCAAGUUGGCAUUGCUAUGUUUAACGAAAGCAUAUUUCCGGAUGCGCAGAAAAGUUCACUUCUCUCGGAUGAGGUGAUUGCAAUUGAACUGGGGAGUCCAAUCUCUGAUCUCACUGACAACAUAACAAUAACCUUUUACCAUGAAGACACUUUGCAGGACCGAAAAUGUGUAUUCUGGGACGUGAUCUCAAAUGGAAGUAAAGCAAUCUGGAAUGAAUCUGGGUGCCAGACUGUUAAAGAAAAAAACCAAACAGUGUGUAGCUGCAAUCACCUCACAUUCUUUGCUGUGUUAACGAACCCUAAUAACAUCACCCUGAGCGCCAGCACCUUGAAAGCACUGACGUACAUCUCCUACAUCGGCUGUGGGGUGUCACUCUUUUUCUUGGGAGUCACCCUGUUCAUGUACAUCAUGUUAAGGAAACAGAAAUCCGAUGACUCCACCACAAUCCAUCAGAGCCUGUGCUCUGCGCUGUUCCUGCUGAACCUCACCUUCCUUCUGAACGAGUGGCUGGCGUCCUAUAAUAACGAUGGGCUCUGUCAGUUCAUUGCCGCCCUCAUGCACUACUCCCUGCUCUGCACCUUCACCUGGUUUGGAAUUGAAGCUUUCCACCUCUACCUGCUGAUGAUCAAGGUCUUCAACACCUAUAUAAAGCAUUACAGGAUGAAGCUGAGCCUUGCUGGCUGGGGACUCUCAGCUGUAGCUGUCAUUGUGUGUUUAAGUUUGAAGAAGUAUGGGAAGUAUAAAAUAUACAUGAAAGAGGGGUCUGUAUCAAUGUGCUGGCUGACAGAUCCUGCAGUCCUUUAUGUUACCAUUGCCUACUAUGCACUGCUGUUUCUGUGCAGCGUGGUGAUUCUCUCACUGGUGGCAGUGAAGAUAGUCCAGCUGGGAAAGUCCGACUCCAGCCUCUUUGAAAAGGGGAGCACCAGAAGGAAUGUCUGCACCCUGGUGGGGCUCUGUUGUCUGCUUGGAUUAACGUGGGGGAUCAUGUUCUUCAACUUUGGGCCCCUCCAAGUGCCGGCGCUUUAUGCAUUUAGUAUCCUGAAUUCCUUGCACGGUUUCUUUGUCUUUCUGAGAUACUACGCAUUGACCAUUGAUUGAAUCACCAAGAAUAGGGAGCCAUGGUCUCUCUUCGUAGUUUUUGCUCAAAUGAAAGCUGAAAUAAAGCAUCUUUGUUAUUUGUUUUGUUU